AUGAAUCCGUUCGAAGGAAUGGAGAUCUCCGACGACUGGCAAAUACUGUUCAACAUAAACGAACGGCAACCGUGCCGCAAGUGUUCCAAGUCCAGGAAAUACUUUUGCUACACAUGUUACACUUUAAAUGCCGACAUCGAAAACAAAAUUCCCACUCUUAAGUUGCCGUUCAAAAUCGACAUUAUCAAGCACAGCAGAGAGAUAGCAGGCAAAAGCACUGCGAUACAUGCUGCUCUUUUAGCGCCGAACGAUGUCACUAUUUACAUUUACCCUGACAUGCCCAGGUACACUGAAGACGACAAGGUUAUCCUUGUUUAUCCAGGAAAAUCUGCUGUAACCCUACAAGACUUCUAUUCUUCAAAUAAAAAACAAGAGGAUAGUGAAGUACAUACCAAAAAAAAUACUUCCCACAAGUUCAUGACACAUGCAUUGUUUAUUGAUAGUACUUGGAAUCAAAGUAAUGGAAUUUUGAAGGAUCCAAUAAUAUCAGAACUUCCGUGUAUAAAACUGCAGAUAAGAUUAUCUCAAUUUUGGAGACAUCAAAAGGGCAGCCCUAGGUGGUUUUUAGCUACUAUUGAAGCUAUACAUCAACUACUAGUCGAAUUCACAGAAACAGAUGUAGAAGCAAAUGAGCCACCCCAAAAUUAUGAUAAUAUGUUAUUUUUCUUCAGGUUUAUGUAUGAAAAAAUCCACCAACUAUAUGAACAUGAUAAGCUUAAAUCAUACAGAAGACCUAUGAAUAUAUGA